AUGGAACCUCCAAAGAACAACACUCAAACUGAAGAAGAAGACUACACCGUAGCGCUCAAGAAGAAGAGGGCACGCCGCGUCAGCUUCGCGGACAACGAAAUCACCUCCGUCCACGUCUUCCGCCGCGACGACGACGCCUCUUCCGAUCCCUCCGAUGCUCCUUCCGAUCCCUCUGUCCUAGGCUUUUUCCGUGACCUCGCCUCCGAAAGUGACGAUGACAGACAACCACAACUCGACGACGAAGCCGGAGACUCCUUCCUGCGCCCAAUAGAUUUCCCCUCCCCCGGCGGCAGCAGCACUGCCAACGACGGCAAGCCCUAA